UUGACUAGCCCUUUUAUUUUCCGGGUUGCUCUCCUCGCAGGCGGCAGUUGCUCGGCUGCUGCUGCCAGCUGACACUCGCUGAAGAGAGGAGGUCAAAGCUGACUCGAUCGCGCUCUCUCUCUCUCUCUCUCUUGCUGUCUGUCGCUUGGUGGUGUCAACGAGAGGCGGCAAUAGCCGGCGCACGCAGAAGCAGCAGCAGCAGCAUCCCCACCACCAUCAUGGCGGACCAAAACGAAGCCUGGGUCCCCAUCCAGCCGCCGCUGCCGUCGCCGCCGGUUAGCUGGCCAAUUACCAGGGAGUCGUACGAGCUACAGGAAGUUAUUGGUAGCGGGGCCACAGCGGUGGUACAGGCAGCCUUGUGUUCGCCCAGACAGGAGCGUGUUGCCAUCAAGAGAAUCAACCUGGAAAAAUGCCAGACCAGCAUGGACGAAUUACUGAAAGAAAUUCAAGCAAUGAGCCAAUGCAGCCAUCCCAAUGUAGUCACCUAUUAUACAUCCUUUGUGGUGAAGGAUGAACUGUGGUUAGUCAUGAAGCUUCUUAGUGGAGGCUCUAUGCUGGAUAUUAUCAAGCACACAAGCAAAGAUGAGGACAAAAAUCUCGAAGAGCCAAUAAUUGCCUCCAUCCUGAAAGAAGUCCUUGAAGGCCUCGACUACCUGCACCGAAAUGGACAGAUCCACCGGGAUGUGAAAGCCGGAAAUAUUCUAUUGGGAGAAGAUGGCUCUGUUCAAAUCGCAGAUUUUGGCGUAAGUGCAUUCCUAGCCACAGGGGGCGAUAUGACGAGAAACAAAGUUCGAAAGACGUUUGUGGGCACGCCCUGUUGGAUGGCACCAGAGGUGAUGGAACAGGUACGAGGUUACGAUUUCAAAGCAGACAUUUGGAGCUUUGGAAUAACGGCCAUAGAACUAGCAACAGGUUCUGCGCCCUAUCACCGCUACCCACCUAUGAAGGUCUUAAUGUUGACGCUGCAGAAUGAUCCACCUACUCUGGAGACUGGCGUCGAGGACAAGGAAAUGCUCAAGAAGUAUGGUAAAUCCUUUCGGAAGCUAAUCUCCAUGUGCCUUCAGAAGGAUCCCGCCAAAAGGCCUGCGGCCGCAGAACUCUUGAAAAGUAAAUUUUUCCAAAAGGCAAAGAACAAAGAAUAUCUGGUUGAGAAACUCCUGUGCCGGGCUCCCAACAUAUCCCAAAGAGCAAAGAGGGUGAGGCGGGUCCCGGGCUCCAGUGGUCAUCUGCACAAGACGGAAGACGGCGACUGGGAGUGGAGCGACGACGAGCUGGACGAAGGCAGCGAGGAAGGCAAGGCGGCGGUGAACCAGGGCAGGUCACGGCGGGUCAAGAACGACUCCAAAGUAAAUGAGGAGAAUGUCAAGAAUGUUCCUUUUGAUGGCUUAUCCAUCCAACAUCCCCAGGUGGAGCCAUUUGGGGAUUCGCUCUACAUUCACGGUGCUGUGAACCUGGUCCUGCGACUAAGGAACUCCAAAAAGGAACUGAACGACAUCCGUUUUGAAUUCACUCCCGGACGAGACACGGCCGAUGGGGUUUCCCAGGAGUUGUUCUCCGCUGGUCUUGUCAACGGACACGACGUCGUCACCGUUGCUGCUAACCUUCAAAAGAUUGUAGAUGACCCAACUACCUACAAAGUAUUGACCUUUAAGCUGGCCUCCUGCUGUGAUGACACGGAGCUCCCGGACGAGGUGAAGCUGAUCGGUUUUGCGCAGCUGAGUCUUAGCUGAUGCUCUCUUCAUGCCUCAAGCGGGUGAGACGGACGCGUUCAGGGUAGACGGGCUGAGGAGCAAAAAAAAAAAUAAAUAAAUAAAUAAAGCGCCACUUCCAGCAAACAUCCUCCCUCCAGCAACACCCCCCCCCCCCCCUCCCGAGCACCAAACUUCCCUGCGUUCCUCCGCCCAGCACACGAGCAGGGAUCAGGAUGAAGCCCAGGAAACCUACUCAGGAUGUGAAAGAAGGUGAUUUUGAAAUGUAGCUUUGAAUGUUUUUAUUUAUUUAUUUUAUUUUUUACAUCACGUUACCUCUGGUGUUCCCUCAAAGCUCUUAUUUAUUUGAUUUUUUUUUUCCUCCCCACUUCUGCCAAAAAAAGACAUUUCUUUGAGUUGCUUUCCAAAAGCUCAAAUCACGCGAUUUGCCGGGUUUUCUCCUGUCAAGCACAUUUUCAAAGUAACACAAUGAAUGUCUUUAAUAAAAAAGACAAAGGAUUGUAUUCUAUGAAAGGAGUAUUAGGGCACACAGUGAAAAGAAUUGUGACAAUUAAGUUCUUAUUUAUAAACAUUUCACAAAUACGAAAUUGCCUAAAUGCUUGCAGGAGUGUAACUCAAUAGUUCUCUUCUACUAUGACUUUCCCCUCAAUUAUAUGUUACUAAAAUUUUUGAAUCGAUUAAUUCUUUACAUUGAUUCAAAAUCUGCCCACGUUUUUUUUUUCUCACACAAAUCAGGCUUACAUAAUAAUACAGAGGUGGAGUUUUUCUGGAAUGUCAUAACUAGGAAUUAUAAUCCACUUUUCUUGGUCACACAUCAAAAGCAGGAAAAUUCCAAUAUUUUGAAAACCUGAUGUGCUACAAGAAAAAAAAAACUUAAAUGAACAUCUAAUAUGUAUUAAAGAGCCAACGAAGCCAACUGUGAUUAGAUUAUAUAUUGAUAUUCAACUUUUUUCUGCCCAAACAUCAAAUUUUGUACAUUUUAUACCUUUUAUUUUUUGCAAAAUUACACAUUUUGUUAAUAUUCUAAGAUGAAAACUAGUUCUAGUAUUAGCAGUCAUUACCAUGAUAAUUCAUUUUCAGUGUUGCCCUAGUAACCCUUCCUAGUAGUCUUAACAUGGACAACAAGGCUUGAGUGUCCAGAAACAAAACAGCCCCCCCCCCCCCCCCCCCGUAUGCUUGCGUGUUGAUUUGCUGCUCAAGUCUCGACAGUGUUAAUGCUUCAAAAACGCUCAAGGUGCCUUGUUCAUUUUCAUGUGCCUACGACAGUAUUGUCAAAGGGAGACCACACGUAUACUAAAGAGCCGCCGAGUCUACCCAUUUCAAUUUCAUACACGCCCGCCGCGUUAGUCCGGCAAGUGAAGCAUCUUAAUGUUAAUGCACUUUUGGGCUGAGAUGUGUCUGCACCCGACAAGCAGAUGCCGUCGUCGCCCUCGGAGAUGAGUUCAGUGGUGAGCCUUUUUCUUUUUUUUUUUUAAUGUUCACUCCACAUAACUGCAGCUGUGCUGAUGUGACGUGAUUGCCUCUGGUUUAUCUACUUUCACAGACUCCCCCUUUCAUUUCAUUGCUAUGACCUGCUGCACAAUAAAACACUGGUAAUAAUUAAAAAAAAAAAAACAAACAAAAAAAAACACGCACAGUCCAGACAAUUAAUAGCAACAAUAUGAAAAUGACAAUGAACCCAUCUUGUGUGCUCUAAAUAAUUUUUACCGGUACGUGUUGUGUUCAAAAUCCUACCUAAUAACCAAAUUUAAAUAAUUUGUUUUUGUGUAUAGUAUAUGUAACCAUGACAGCAUAUUUCACCUGUUUAUGACCUGUAACUGAUUGGGGUUUGUGACAAUAAAUUGCUAUUUAAACAUG